CUAACAGCAGACAGUCGGCCAACCUGCCUCCAAAGCGAUGUGAUGGCCUUUGGGAAUGCAGCGACGGUCAGUCUGGUCUAUGACUUAAAAUUCAAGCCCUCCGCCCACCUGCUUCUAGUCAGCUGAUUCGUGUAAUCAUCGUAGUGCCAGGUGCGAUUACGUUUUGUUAUUGUUGACAACAGGCGGUUGUGACUAGUUUCAAUGUGAAGAUGAGUGACGAAGUGACUUCUCCCGGCUUUUUCGGACGUUCGGGUAUUCUAGAGACUCAUGUACGGGGGCAGUGGUACAGAGUUUUUGUUACUCUAGAAGACGAUUAUCUAAGCAUAACAUUAGACGAGUCGUAUGAAAAUACCACUACAUUGAACGGUACUUUAAAUAAUAAUAUCGAAACUCCUAGCGGUCUAAGUGAUACUCCGGAUGUGCCGGAUUCGGUGGCUAACCAAAAACGUUUAGUGCGUGUUAUAAAAUCCGAAAAUAAUGGACUGGGAAUUUCGAUUAAAGGUGGCAAAGAAAAUAAAAUGCCUAUACUCAUUAGUAAAAUUUUUAAAGGGAUGGCCGCUGACCAGACGGAACAACUUUACGUGGGUGACGCGAUUUUGUCUGUCAAUGGAGAUGACUUGAGAGAAGCUACGCACGACGAAGCUGUCAAAGCAUUGAAGAGGGCGGGAAAAGUCGUUGAGUUAGAAGGUGAGGUAUUGAUAGAUGUAAACACGUGGUCAUGACAUUUUGAUGGAAGUAAAUUGGUGUUUGAAUUCAGUGGCUGAGGAAUAUGUUUUUCUUCUAAUGAGAUUGUCGUAAAUAUACCUACUUGGAUUUAUUCUCGGAAUGAAUUGAACAUGAGAAUAGUAUUUUCAAAACCAUAAUAAAAAUUUUAGAUCAACAUGUGAACUAUCGCAAC